AACAGGUCUGUUAAAGGGUUAAAUCUGGACUGCAGGGACAGGACGAUGUUCAUGUCUGUGAAACUCGAGGCCAAACCGCUUUAAGAAAUUCAAGUUAAAUUUCUUAAGGAAUGUUGCAAAAGCUCCGGUGUACGUGUACAUCAUUGGAUUAAAAGUGGUUUCAUCCAGCAUUUAAACGGGGUUGGUCUUCUAAACACAAGGAAGAGCAUUUUUCUGGAGCGGGUCAGUGCUCCAAAAAAGACAGGAAAAAAUGAGAUAAGGUUUGUAGGCAUUUCGACAGGCACAGGACGACAAACAACGUGUCCGGAGGAGAUUCAAGUCCACGGGAAGGUUUGGAAGCAUGUCCUACAGCGACCAGACUCCACCCAGUCCCAGCAGGACCAGCGGCAGUAGCUCUGGGGCGCAGUAUGCUACUGCCGCGCUGGGCGUGGGCCUAAUUGCUCUGGGGAUAGUCAUGAUUGUGUGGAGCGUGGUGCCGGCAGGGUCUGGAGGGAACAGCUCCACACCCGGCAUGGAUCAAGGUCAAGCUCGAGAGACCUCAUCCGUGGCGUUCGUCCUAGUAGGGGGAGGAGUGGCGCUUCUGCUGCUGUCUGUGUGUCUGAGCGUACGGAACAAACAGCGGGCGGCCCGGGGACAGGAAGCCGGCAGUACACCUGCAAACACAGGGGAGGGGGCUACGACAGAGCAACUAGCUCAAAACUACAUGGUCCCCACUUACGAGGAGGUGGUAAUGAGUGGCCAAUAUCCCAUCAGUCAGUCCUCUGAGCGACACAACAGCAUCACCCAGCUGCCAGCCUAUGACGAGCUAGAGGAAGAUCAGCACACUGCGGAGGAUGGAUUCAGCCCAGCACACAGACCUUCAUCCCAAAUCGACCCCAGCACUGGAGCGGGCGGCCGAAGAAACAGCCGUCCCGGACGCAAGCUGAUUCCCCUUAAAAUUAGGCGCAUAAAGUCUGACAACCUUAGAAGGAAAAGCUUAAGCGAUAUCCAGCAGACUAACGUGUUCACCAUCGAACCCCUCACACCGCCUCCGCAGUAUGACGAUAAGCUCCCUCCACUUCCUACAAGCACACAACAGUGAGGCAUGCUGGAGGUUUACACUUACACUGUGAUGAAGUCUGCACUACUGCACUGAACUCCAUAUUACUCCUCUGGACAGGACGUGUCACUAUCAGCAGCACAGAGGAGGCAGUAUAUGUGUAAAGGUGGAGAGCCUUAAUUACGUCUUUCUGUGUUGGCUGUAUAUUUCCUGUUUAGCCAAAAAAAAAAACCUGAU